AUGGAUUCGAGUUCGCCGGAAGUCCAUCGUGACAAGGGCUGCCUCAAUCUUCCCCUGGUCUCUUCUAAUUUUGACAGGUCUCGAUCUAAGUCCCCUGCCAAUGUUCCGUCUCAGCACCCGCCUCUCGUAAAGCCGAGUUAUUCUUCCGGCGCAAUGGCUUUUGGGCAGCGCUCGUCGGGUUUUUCAUCGGCGCAGAGUUUGAUCGGUGAUCCUAACCAGGCCAUCCCUGGUUUGAUACAGCCGCUGCCGUCUGUUGUUACUUCAGUAGCGCAGGUGCCGGGUUAUGCUUCGGCUGUUUCUUUCGCUGCGAAAGUAGCUGAUAAAGUUCAACCCAAAUCCCUUAAGAAGCCGGAUGUUGCAGCGUAUGGCUUCCGAGGCCUUCCAAUACAGCGAGAAGGAGAGGUUGUCACCCUCUCAGUGCCCAAAUCGGAAUAUCAAACAAAGUUGGAAGAGUUUCAAUUUGCACUAAUCGGUAGACUUAUCCAACGUAAAGGGGACAAGCCACGCACGUUCGCCGACCUCUCUCAUGAACUUCGAACCAUAUGGCAGUGCGCCGACUGUCAACUGGUGCCCAUGGCUAAGGGAUUCUUCGUUGUUAAAUUUUUGACGAUGGAAGCGAAAAAGAAAGCUAAGGGGAGUUCUUUUCUCCAACUGUCAAUCGGCCACGUACGCUUCCGUGAAUGGACUAGGUAUUUCGAUCCGUAUAAGGAAGUGUCGUCUCUGGCUCAGGUCUGGGUUCGGAUAUAUUAUCUCCCUGUGGAGUUAUGGACUCCGGUGAUUAUUGCUGGUAUAGGUCGUGUGCUUGGUAAUCCUCUGCGAAUUGAUAAUGCCUCCGCAACUGGUCAUGUGGGACACUUUGCGCGGGUUCUGGUGGAACUUGACAUGGCUUUGCCUAUUCUCAACUCGAUGUACAUUGAUGACGGCGAUAGAUCGUUCUACAUUGAGUUUAGUUUUGAAUCUAUGCCCCUUUUUUGCUCACGUUGUAAACUUACAGGUCAUUCAACGGAUAAAUGCCGAAGAGCUGAUAGGGCCACGAGCAAGCAAAAGAUAACUGAGCCUCCUGCUGUGGUUGUGAAGAAUCUUGAUAAGGGAGAGGGUCCGACUCCUGCAUGGCAGCCCAAAGUUGAUAUUCUUAAACCUCUAUUAGGUUCUGAUCUUCUAGACGCGGCUACAGUGCCGGGGAGUGAAGGAAUAUUAAACUGA